AUGCACAGACCAGCUUCUGCCUUCUGCCUUCUGCCUUCUGCCUUCACAGCCUUUCCAUCGCCCCGUCUCUGCGUCAGCCUCUCAUCACGAGCCUCACUCAUUCAUCCCACUCGCCCUACACCCCAUCACCUCACCCGCCAUACACCAAACCCCCUUGCCAACAUGGAAAACGGAAACCCGAGUGGCCCCCAGGGCGAGGGCAAGGACCCUUCAAGCUUCCUCAGCGACAUCAUCGGCAACGCCGUCACCGUCAAGCUCAACUCGGGCGUCGUCUACAAGGGUGCGUUCUGCGAGGAACGGUGCAAGCAGAGGUCAUGA